AUGAAUUCGCAAUCAAGUCCUUUGAACAAGGAGGAGUCCUCCCACGACCAAAGAAUCCACGUAUCAAGCAACAUGGAACCAGAUGUUGCCCAGCAGUUCAUUGCUGAAAUUGGGUUUUCUUCGUUUUUCUACCCCACAUCGAAUGCACCUCGACAACAAAACAGAAAUAAGGAACAUGCAUCACCAAAUUCUGAGAGAAUCGCGCCGUCUUCUUCUCCCAUUGCUUUUGGACAGAGAAUUAAUGGGUACAACGUUCUAGACUCCUUUCAACUUGUGAAGGAUCAAAAUGGAUUGUCAUGGUGGUAUGAUACCUCGGACGACUCGGAUGACGAUACGGAGCAGCAAAGAUGUCAUCUCACGCGGGAUAUCAACACGAAGGCGAGGAAAAACCAGAGAACGACGACAGACAUUGAUUUGGAUUGGCUAAGUCUAUUUGAACGGGUACCUCAAGGCAUUGGGGCAUCCUACUCAACCCCUCCAGGUUUAGCUGCUACCAGCUACCAGCAUAAGGCUUCCAAUACAUUCCUCUUCGCGAAAAUGAUUCCACAACAACUGAUUUGA